AUGACUUCUCCAAUCAAUACACCCUUCCAAUUAGCUAGCUCUGCGUGGCAAGUUAUUCAAUCAGUAGCACCGGCUAGUGAGAUUGAUGAAAUUACCAGCAUCAUCGGCCGAUCGUUGACACAGCAAGUGGAAGAAAUACGCCAAGAGGCAGGAUAUCUAUUAGAUAUAUGGCGUGACUUGAGACAACAAACGGAUAGCUUAGUAGCUGAAAAUCCAACUAAAUUAUUACCUGAACCUCCCGAAUUAAGAAAUAGAUUAAAACAAGAAAUUACUAUGUUGCUUGACAUACUCAAACAGAAAGAUGAUAUGGCGCACAAGCAGGAUAUGUUACAAGAUUAUAAGCAUAUUGUCAGUUACGUUACCCAACCGAGAGAAAAUCAAGUUUCACCUUUAAGCCGUCCCCAAUCUGCUUGCAGCAGCCUCGAUAAUCGCGAAGUACCAGUAGUUCAAUCAUCAUGUAGUGGACGAUCAUCUGCUGCUAAUUCAAUGUUGGAUGAUGAAGUAAAAUCAAUCAGCGACCGCGUAAAUAUAACUGAUAUUGACUCUAUCGCUGAAGCUUUAAGAAAUUUGCUAGAGGAAGAAUAUGAAAGUUUAAAAGGUGAUAUAGAAUACCUGCAAUCAUGUCUAGAAGAUGAGUCCAGUUUCCAGCAUGAAACAAAUUCCAUACCAACGGAACCAACUUUAAGUGAAUUGAGAAAGUUUGGAACACAGCUGGAAAGAUCGGUAUUAAGUACUGUUGGUAAACCUCCUAUUCCAGACAAAACAAUAAAAAACGUGGAUCCUCUUUCCAAACCAGCCUCUAUACCUAGAAGGCUCCAUUCAAUCAAUAAAACAAAAAAUGAUGGCAGCGAUUUAUCUCAUAAGAUGGAAUUAGUCAAGAUUACUAAUGCAACGGCUGAUGGAAAUAUCAAUAAAUUGACAAGGUCUACAUCAAACAAACUACCAGCUAACAUUGCACCUCGGCCUCCUGCGACUAGACCGAAGGCAACGGUGAAAUCAAAUAGUGCUGGCUCUCGUCGUAAAUUAGCAGUAUAUUUCGACCCUAAAGACCACGACAAAAAGGCCUUAAGCGAUGGUAAUCAAACGACUCCUGUACUAAUGGAUCACCUAAAAUAUGACCCAACUAGCAAAUCUUUCCUUGCAAGUAGAGAUCGGCAGUAUUCUGCUUAA